CGUCGUAGGCGACAUCGUUCUCUGUCUGUCCCGCACUCCCGCCUUUUGCCAAAGCGGCCCGCGACGCGACACAGCGGAGAGGUGCAACUCUGCCAUCGUCGUCGCUUCUCAAGGUUUAUCAAUAUCUCUCUCUCGGCGCGUAUAGCCGUCGCGCGGAGGGACGAGCCAAGGCCACGCCGCAUCCACAGAUCGAGAAUCGCGACGGGGAGAGGCGAGGCACCGUGUGGGCCGCCGGGAAGACGCACGCACGAGAUGGCGGCGGCGUGGCUCGUGGUGCUCCUCACCGUGCACCGGCUCCUCCACCUCUCCGGCGUCUCGGCCGUCGACCGCAGCCAGUUCCCGCCGGACUUCCUCUUUGGGACCUCUUCUUCUGCUUACCAGGUUGAAGGCGGAUAUUUGGAGGGUAACAAAGGUCUCAGCAACUGGGAUGUCUUCACUCAUAAGCAAGGUACAAUUGAGGAUGGAAGCAAUGGCGAUACAGCUAAUGACCACUAUCACCGUUACAUGGAAGAUAUUGAGUUGAUGCACUCCUUGGGUGUCAACUCGUACAGGUUCUCCAUAUCAUGGGCAAGGAUUCUACCAAAGGGUCGGUUUGGAGAUGUUAAUCCGGAUGGUGUAGCAUUCUACAACGCCCUUAUUGAUGGUCUUGUACAGAAAGGAAUACAGCCAUUUGUUACAAUAUGCCACUAUGAUAUCCCACAUGAACUGGACGAGCGAUAUGGUGGAUGGUUGAGUCCAGAAAUCCAGAAGGACUUCAGUUACUUUGCAGAAGUAUGCUUCAAGCUGUUUGGUGACCGAAUAAAAUUCUGGACAACAUUUAAUCAACCGAAUUUGUCCAUAAAGUUCAGUUACAUGGAUGGAUUUUACUCUCCUGGUCGUUGUUCUGAACCAUUUGGGAAGUGUGCCUUAGGGAAUUCUUCAAUAGAGCCAUACGUAGCAGGUCACAAUAUCAUACUGUCGCAUGCAAAUGCAGUCAGCGUUUACAGAAACAAAUAUCAGGGAAAACAAGGUGGUCAGAUUGGAAUUGCUUUGAGCAUAACCUGGUAUGAACCAUUCCGGAAUACCACUAUAGAUCUCUUGGCGGUUAAGAGGGCUCUAUCUUUCGGUGCUUCAUGGUUUUUAGACCCUAUACUUCUUGGUGAUUAUCCCACAGAGAUGCGUGAAGUCUUGGGUCAAAGCCUACCCAAGUUCACAUCAAAACAAAAGAACAGACUGCAGAGCACAAAAUUGGAUUUUAUCGGACUAAACCAUUACACGACAUGUUAUGUGAAGGAUUGCAUCUUCUCACCGUGUGAAAUUGAUCCUGUUAAUGCAGAUGCACGAGUAUUUAGUUUAUACGAAAGGGAUGGAGUGCCCAUCGGUAAAGCGACAGGAGCGCCAUUCUUUCAUGACGUUCCACGAGGGAUGGAAGAAGCAGUCACAUACUAUAAACAAAGAUACAACAACACACCAACAUAUAUCACUGAAAAUGGUUACUCCCAAGCAAGCAAUAGCAACAUGACUGCCAAGGAUUUUACCAACGACACAGGAAGAAUUACCUACAUUCAAGGCUACCUCAUUUCCUUAGCCUCGGCAAUAAGGAAAGGAGCUGAUGUACGUGGCUACUUUGUAUGGUCUCUCCUUGAUGACUUCGAGUGGAAUUUUGGAUACACGUUAAGGUUCGGGCUCUACCAUGUCCACUACAAGACACUGAAGAGGACGCCAAAAUUGUCGGUAGAUUGGUACAGGAAGUUCCUCACGGGUUCACUGCUGAGGAGAAAGUUCAGAGAUGAAUCUCAGCUUCAUAAGUUUAACUCUUAUUAAUCCAUACAUGCUGUUCUUCCCUUUCCAUAUUACUUUAUGUAAAGUCAAUAUGUGAUGCUUUAGCGUACAUAUGCUUGUACUUGCAUAUGUUCGCAAUUAUCCAUCCUAGACCAUAUGCAUAGAGUAUAAUAUGUACUGAAUAAAAGGGACGGAUUUUUGUGUGUAAUUCAUCUCCGGAAGAACGCUUUGUGUCAUCAAAGACCUUUGCCAAUAGAUAAGCUGAGUUUAAGGGGUUCU